AAAAACCGAAUGAAGAUUAUUAUAUUAAAGAAAUCAAAUCUUUAAAGAAAGAAAUUAAAACUUUGAAGGAUGAAAAAGAUAAAGAAUUUAAAUCUUUUAAGGAUAAAAGCGAUAGAGAAAUUAAAUCUUUGAAGCAUGAAUGUGAUAAACAUAAAACCGAUUAUAACAAACUUUUAACAGAGCAUAAUAAUAACGUUGUCCUUUUUAAUAAAGAAUACGAAGCUCAAAAAACGAGAUAUGAAAUGGCUCUAGCGAACUGGAGAGAAAAUUAUGAUCAUUUAAACGAGCAAUUGAAUAAUAAAAGAAAGGAAUAUAAUAAGCUAUCUCAAACGAACGAUGCAUUAAGAGAAGAAGCUUCCCAAUAUCAAUCAGCUUUAGGAGAUGCUAAGAAUUAUCGUUUGGGUGAUAAUGAUGCUAAUAACCCUACUCAGCUUACAAAAGAUAUCGAAAUCAUACAAGAUUCUAUCAGUAUUUUCUGUAAAUUAAAGGGAGGAGUUGACAUAAAUGAGCAACAAUUAACGGUGCUUUUGGAAAAGUAUAAAUGUAAUAUAGAAGAACCUGGAGACAAGGUUCUUCUUAAAGCUGCCUUACAACGUUAUAUAAUCGAAACUAUCAUAAAGAAAACUGAAGAAUAUUUAAAAAAGGAAUUAACCCCUGAUGAAAAGAACAAACAUAUUGAAUUAGAAGUUAUCAAUUCCACGUUUAAUUAUUUAACAACAAUAAAGCAAUUGAUCUAUACUCGAAAAGGCACGGACGAAGUAAGUACCGCGGCUCCAACAAAAAUUAGACAACUUGUCACGGCGGUGCUUGGGGAUCGUGGAUUUUGUUUAGACAAUGAUGGUAAGGAACAUGAGUUCGUUCAGGAACUCAAAAUAGAAAUUAUUGAAAUAAUGAACGGCCUUCGUACAAUAAAAAAAGAUGAUAAAAGAAAAGAAAAUGAAGAGUUGGCAGCGGAAAUCAUUAGAAACGUUAUCAAAAUGUUUAUUUUCCGUAUAAAAGUUUUAGAGCCACCAGGUGAAAUCGAAUGGAUCGACAACGGUGCAAAAAUAGAUCCAACAACAAUGGAAAUAGGAAAUUUGGAAGAUGAUGAUCAUGAAGAUUAUACUGUAAAUUUAUGUAGUUUCCCUUUAAUAGGUGUAAGCUUGAAUUCAGAAAAAGAUCGUAAAGUCCUUGUUCCUGCAAAAAUCAUUGCAAUUAAACCACCUAAAGCUGAACAAACCACGAUGAAUAAGUUCAAAAACAUCAUAUUUAAAAAUACUCAAUAA